AUGUCCAAAAUCCACAAAAGGGAUGUGAUAUCUGAUGAUCAAAGGGAACAAGAAUCACAAAGAAAGAGGGAUACCUGUCCAGUAUCGCUGAGGAAUUCGAAGGUGGACUGGUUCAAGCGCACCUUCAUUCCUGAUAUUGCCCUCCUGUUGCAUAAAGAACAUUUCAACAACGAGGAGUGGGAACGCUUAGAGCACUUCAAGCCACCGUUUGGCUGGAUGGCAGCUAAUUAUUCUGUCGUGAAGCAGGCGGUCAACCUGCUGCCUGGUAUUGAUAAGCAGCGUCUUCUCCUCACCAAGAAGGAUGGUCAAGGCUGUAUCCGCUGCGCCGUAGUUGGCAACGGGGGAAUCCUCAACGGCUCCCGGAAGGGCGCUGAGAUUGACUCCCAUGAUUACGUAUUCCGGGUCAACGGUGCAGUCAUCAAAGGCUUUGAACAAGACGUUGGCACCAGAACGUCAUUUUAUGUCCACACAUCUUACAGUAUCACCACGUCAUUGUACCUGUAUAAAGACCUGGGCUUCAAAAGCAUACCUCAGGACAAGGAAACACAAUACAUUCUGCUUCCAGAAGGCAUACGGGAUUACGAAUGGAUGACAGGGUUGCUGCUGAACACAGCUGUGUCCAGAGGAUACUAUACGGGCGAGAAUCCCCGCAAGUACUUUCCACCUAAUUUCACGGCCGAGAGGUACUUUGUUCUCCAUCCGGACUUUAACAGAUACGUCAGAAACAGAUAUCUGAAAUCUAAAACUAUGGAUGGAACAGACUGGGCAAUCUAUCGACCAACUACAGGCUCCUACAGCCUUCUGCUGGCACUUCAUGUCUGCGACAUCGUCAAUGCUUAUGGAUAUAUCACUGAAGACUACAACAAAUAUUCUGAUCACUAUUAUGACAUAAAUAAAACAGAGACCAUAUUUUACCUGAACCAUGAUUAUGAUGUGGAGAUUAAAACAUGGAAGACAUUCCAUGAAGCCAAACUCUUCAAUCUGUACCAGAGGACUUCAGCAGGUGAAACCACCAGAAAACACUAAGCUUUGUUGUCCUUGUAAGGCUGAGUGGCCGUAAAGUUGCUCCUCUGUGAGGAUGUUAAACAGUGUUGGUAUAAAUGUGUGUGUGAAUGUACAGCAUAUUUAGAUCAUCUGUGUCUCUCAGGCCUAAAAAAUGGCCGUGAGUAUCCGUCUGUCUCAAAGACUGUGAAUGUUCCCUUGGAGGACAGACGUCAAGUAAAAUGCUACAACAGUGUCCAGAAAAAUGAUCCGGUGGCUGCCAACUACCUCUCUACCCAGCCUGAGGAAUGAGCAGAGAGACCAGAGGAGGACAGACAAUGGAAUGAAAUCCAUGACAUGAACUUGCUUUCCCAUCUUUUUGUUUGCCUUCACCCAGCAUUAGCAUGAGGUUCUUUUGGUGAUCCUCAUAGGAUACAGAAUGAAUUUUACUUUGUUAUUAUGUUAAAUAUUAUUUAUAUCACAAAUUAAAGAAGACUUAAAUCUGC